CAUUAGCUAAAAGCGAUAUAAAUAGCAUGUAAUAUAUGAGCAGAAAAACUUGUAAAGCUAUCACACAAUGAAAACAUUUAAAUGGAAAAUAAUUUUAUUUUUUAUAAGCAUUUUGAUUUUGUAUUUGAUAUUUAUACAUGAUAUGUCAUUAAAAAAUAACUAUAUAUUUCCAAGUUAUUACCGUAGCUUUGUACAAGGUUUCAAAAAUAAAUUUUAUUCAGAUCAGAAUAUCAAAGUACCAGGUGUACUAAAUCAAAGCCGAAAAUUUCUUAUACUGACAUAUACAAACUUUUCUAAUGUUUGGCGGCUGCCAUUCAAGGCUUCAUCUGUGUGCAGUUUUGACACCUCUAACUUUAAAAUAACAGAUAAUAAGAAACAACUUCACCGUAGUGAUGUGGUCAUAUUCAAUUCGCGUGACAUGCCACCUAUGCAGGAGUUGGAACGCAUUAAUAAUAUGAGAAGGAACAGCCAACUGUGGAUUUAUUUUACAAUGGAAUCUAUACACAAUAAUCCAGAUGUUACUGAUAUAGACAAGUAUUUUAAUGCUACCGCAACAUUUGGAGUAGAUACCGAUAUACCUUUCCCAUAUAGAUAUCAUAAGAAGCUUUCAAAAGUUAAAAACAUUAACAAAGAUUACUUUUUAAACAAAACAAGAAUGGUUGCAUGGGUUGUGAGUAAUUGUAAAAUUAAUGCAAGAAACAAACUUGCAUUGAAGUUAAUAUCGUAUGGUGUCGAUAUAGAAGUUUCAGGAAAGUGCGCAAAAAAAUUUCCAAAGCGUUUUUUUUCAAAGUGCCAAGGAAGACCGUGCUAUGCAGAUUUACGCGAUUUUAAAUUUUAUUUUGCUGCAGAAAAUUCUUUAUGUGACGGUUACAUCACAGAAAAGUAUUGGCGUACUGGUCUCAAUUUCGAUUUAAUCCCUAUAGUUCUAGGAGGGUCUAACUAUUCUGAUCCAAGAUUAGCAAUUCCAGGUUCUUACAUUGAUGCUAUGAGUUUUGAUUCUCCGAAAACCUUAGCUGAUUAUAUUUUAAACGUAAGUUCAAAUUCUACAAAAUACAACUCUUUCUUUGAGUGGAAAAAACAUUGGAAGUUAGGCGGUUAUAGUUAUUUUUGCACGCUUUGCAGUAAACUAGAAAAUGGUAUAAGUUUUCGAACAAAUCCUUUAUUAAAGACAAUGAAUAGAAGCAAAUGUUCUCGCCCUCAAAAAAAGUUUAAUAUUUGGAUUAAAAAAAGCUAAUUUAGGAAACGAGAUGUUGCUGUUAAGUAAAAUUCCAAUAAAGAUAUAAAAACUUUAUGUUUUAUAAUUUGUAAAGUAACCAAUGUGUACCGGUUAGAGAUCUGAACAUUGUAAAAAAGUCGUGAACUCCCUGGUUAAAGGCUGUUCCGUGGUGCUCUUUGAUAAGACUCUAUCUUGGAGCACCUAAAAUAUUUUGGAGCACAUAAAAUAUUUUGGAGCACUUAAAAUAUCUUGGAGCACUUAAAAUAUCUUAAAACACUUAAUAUAUCUUUAAGAAAAAAAGUUUCAUAGUUUACA